UCAGCCCGCGGGUGCGUGUUAUCAUUGGACAGGAACACCGGAGGACCUAGUCGCGUCGACAUCGCGAACAACAGUGGCUAUCCUCGAAGCGUCGGCGCCAGCGGUGACUCGGACCCAGCGCCAGUGGAGUCACGACCCUCCGCGCCCGAGCCCAGCAAAGUGCUCCUCGUGCACGGGCUGGACCGCGUGCCCGUCAACUGCGACCGGGUGUUCAACCUGUUCUGCCUGUACGGGAACGUGACGACGGUGAAAAUCCUGAGGGACGACAAGGUGCUCGUCGAGCUGGAGGACGCGGAAGCCGCCAGACGGUGCGUGUCCAAUUUGCACAUGCUCCAGCUGGACGACGAGGUCAACAUGAAAGUCAAGUAUUCCAAGCAUAAUUUUAUCCACGAUCAAGUCAAUUUUAACAAACUGGCUGACGGUACGCCUGCUCAAAAAGUUUACUUGUCGAGCACAUUGAACAGAUUUAUCCCAAACGUAUUGAGUCCGGACAAACGUCGUAUCGCAGCACCGUCCAAAAUUUUACAUUUUUUUAACGCGCCGACCGAUGUUUGCGGCAUAGCAGUUCACAGAGCCGUAUCGGACGCCCUUUGUCGUACGGACGCAAUACGUUCCAUAACUAUCCUCCCCAAAAAACCGAAAGCCAAGUGUUCGACGGGUUUGAUCGAAUUGAAGAGUAUGGCGCUGGCGGCCAGGACCGUAUUACUGUCGAACCACAUGACGAUUGAAUCGACAGUGUCCAGAUUUCCGUUUUUGACGAAACUAUGUUUUUCGAAAUGGUCCGAGAUCGAGGAGAAACCGGGUGACUUGGCGACGUUGCGGUUCUGCUCGGUGCCACGCACACCGUGGCUGCUGCACAAGUCCGAACACGGAGUACCGACGACGGAGUUUCCGAUUUCGUGCACGACCGUGGUGAACGGCGGUGGUGGCGGUGACUGUGCGUGGACCUUGUGGGUGCUGAGCGGCGCGCAGAAGCAGUGGCCGCAACAGGAGCGGGAGAGGAAGGAACCGGAACCGGAAACGGAGCGGGAGCAGCAGACCCCGCCGCCGACGCCGGCGGAGGAGGAGGAGGAGUCGUCGGAGUCGGCGGUCGGGACGGACGCAGAAAUCGUCCGCGACCAGCCGCACGCUUGCACGUCGGACCCGUUGGACCGCCGCGAACCGACUGUCGCCGACGACGACUCGGUGGUCAUGGACCUCAUCGGCAUGUUGAGGAACUGCCUGUGCGACAUCAGCAACGACCGUGGAGAUGUCUUGUGCGGUGCGGCGGCGAUGCGGACCGAACGCGAUAACGAUGACGUCGCCGCCGCUGCUGCCGCCGACGAAGCGAGUCAAACGGGCCCGCUGGGUGAUGCUUAAGGAAGGCGUCCGACAGGAUAUUUUCGACGUCCCGACGAACUGUUUUUAUCACACACUAUAAUUUUUCCGCUAUUUUUUUUUAUCCAGAGGACGCGACUUCAAACUCUAUACAACCGCGAACCCGGGCACGCCCCGUAAAAAAUAACUCGCUCCAACACGAUGUGGUAACAUUAUAAAAUAAUUACUAAAUAUUAUAUAGUUAUUAUCUAGUACUGAUAUAAUAUCAUGACAUAAUAUUAUUGUCGCACCCUAUUCAUGGAAAAUCUACCGACAGAGAUGUCUUAUUUGGACGGUGACCGGCAACUGCAAAUAGUGUACUGCAACCUGUCGAUCUUGCGAAAAAAAACAGCACACCGCCCACACAGUUAUUUUACACUUUUACGUUAGCCUCGUCAUCAAGCACACGUCAUUCGUCCUGAGCC